AUGGCCCCACUGAAGAUGCUGGCCCUGGUCAUCCUCCUCCUGGGGGCUUCUCUGCAGCACAUCCAUGCAGCUCGAGGGACCAACGUGGGCCGGGAGUGCUGCCUGAAGUACUUCAAGGGAGCCAUUCCCCUUAGAAAGCUGAAGACGUGGUACCAGACACCCGAGGACUGUUCCAGGGAUGCCAUUGUUUUUGUAACUGUCCAGAACAAGGCCAUCUGUUCGGACCCCAACGACAAGAAAGUGAAGAAGGCACUUAAAUACCUGCAAAGCCUCUAG